UCCGUCUGAGUAAUUCAUUAUCAAGCAAAUCAAAUUCCAUCUCUCAAAACCUUCAUUCGAUUUCCAAGUGUUUUUGCUCCAGUUUCCAACAAGAAGAAAAUGGCUGACAACUCCCAGAAGAUCAGCUACAACGCUGGAGUGGCCAAGGGCCAAGCUCAGGAGAAGACCAGUACAAUGAUGGACAAGGCCGGCAAUGUCGCCCAGUCUGCCAAGGAAUCAGUGCAGAGUGCUGGCCAGACUGUGCAGGCCUCGGCACAGGGUGCUGUCGAGGCAGUCAAGAACGCCACCGGCAUGAACAAAUGAAGCAGGAACUACGGAGCCUCUUCUUAGACAGCUUUGUUAGUGGUUUAAGUGUUUUUAAUUUCUUGUUUGUUUGCAACAAAGGGAGCUUUAGCCCCUCGUCGUCGCAGUUGCAGGGAUCGAUGUUGUCGAGCUCUCAUUUGGGUGUGUGCUUACUUAGUGCACACAUGGUUUAUUUGUUUAGUUUUCUUUGCUUUUUUCUUCUGUUAAUGUUUGUCUCUCCUUUGAACAAGGAAGAGGGGCUCCGCUUGUUGUAGUUCUCGCCUAAUUAAUUCAUGAACUGUUUAAUUA